AUUUAUUCAUAUGUCCCAGUCCAAAGCUGAUUUGUUUCUCAUGACACAGCAGAUGUUCCAGUCCAUUAAGAACAGUUAGUUGAUUCAUUCUCAAUGGUAUAUAAAAAAAAUUGAAGAUGCAGCUGCCAAGAUCAAUAUUGUCCUGCAAAUGGAAAAAGAGGUAGUAAUCCAAAGAAGAUGAAGAUGAUUCAGUCAUCCUUUUGUGAUGGCAAGGUUAAGGCUCAGUCGACUAGGGCCUUAUCCUCUUUGAUGGGAUAUUUAAAAGAGUUGGACUAUAGACGCUUUUGAGCAGCAGCAACCUGGUCCUGCCUUCAUAUCUUCACAAAGCACUAUAAACUGGAUUCCUUUUCAAGGUCCAGAGUAGGUUUUGCCAGGACCAUUUUCCAGGGUUUCCUGAAUCCUUAUCCUUCCACCUUCCAAGUAAGAUUGAAGAAACUCUUUCAUCUUUGUUAGAAGAAGAGGUGAAAACCGCACAUCCAUAUCUCUGAAGCUAUGUGAAUGAUGGAGUGUUCCUGGAAGAUUGUUAUACUGCUACUGUGUGCUUAUCUAGGAAUCCAGUAUACUGCCAUUAUGUCCCUGAAGCCCAUGUUCAUCCGUCCCUGUCAGGGGAUGGGAGAAGAUGGUCAUUGCCAGCAUAGGGACCUCAAAGAUUACAAAGGAGCACCAAUGUGUGAAGAACCACCAUUUUCCCAAGAGUUCCCUCAAGAGCAGGGUAGAAAGCAUAUUAUUAUUUUUGCUAUGACCAGAAGUGGUUCCUCUUUUAUGGGUCAAAUAUUCAACCAGCAUCCUGAUGUGUUUUACCUUUUUGAACCUCUUUACCAUGUCCAGAUUGCCCUCACUAAGCCUAAUACCAGAAAUAAGAGCCAAGCGAACAAGAGUUUCCUACUUGGGGCCUUCAGGGACCUCCUGCGCAAUCUGUGUGAUUGUGAUUUCUAUUUUCUGGAAAAUUAUAUCAAGCCAGUGCCUAAAGACCAUGACACACCAUUAUUUUUCAGGAGAGGUGCCAGUCGAGCUUUGUGCUCACCUCCAGUCUGUGAUGUGCCACAGGACCUGGAAGAAGUCGAGGAGAAUGUGUGCAGUAAAAUGUGCCACUCAUUAAAUUUAACUCUUGCAUCCCAGGCAUGUCAGAACUGCAGUCACAUGGCCAUAAAGAUAGUCCGAGUCCCUGAAAUUAAAGACCUGAGAACACUAGUAGAAGAUCCUCGACUGAACUUGAAGAUUGUACAUUUGGUGAGGGAUCCUAGGGGAAUUCUAACAUCUAGGAUAGCUACUUUCUUUACUCACUUCAGGAUGUGGAAAAUAUGGAAUGUAACAGGACAAAGACCUCACAAUAUCGACCUGACUCAGAUCACAACAUUAUGCACUGAUAUGUUGAAUUCUGCAGAUACUGGUCUUAGCAAGCCAUCCUGGCUCAGGGGAAAGUACAUGCUGGUAAGGUAUGAGGAUUUAGCCAAAGAACCAGUGAAAAAAGCCAAAGAAAUAUAUAAAUUUGUAGGCCUGAACUGGAAUGACAGAAUUUCUAAGUGGAUAUUACAAAACACAAAAGUAAAUAUAACUCCAUCUGAGUAUAAUAAAUUUUCCACCAGCAGGAACUCAUCUGCUGUUGCUGAAAGCUGGAGAUUAAAUUUGUCCUUUGAUAUAGUCAAGACUGUACAGAAUGUAUGUAAUGCAACAUUAUCAAGACUAGGAUACAGGUCCGUACAUUCUGUUGAAGAACUGAGGAACCUGUCACAUAGUGUGGUUGAACCUAUAGAAAUGUCUGCCUGUUAUAUGACACGACAUUGUAAGUGUCUGCAGAAUAGAGUGUGACUGUUUUACUGUUUUAUUACUAAUUAAAUGUUCAGAACCCUCUUCCUUAGCAAAAAUUCUGACUGCGUUUAAAUAAACUGACAUUUAUGAGAAAUAUGA